AUGGAGCCGAUAAGUGAAAUCAUCAGUUCCUAUGACGCUUCCUCUCUAUUCACAAACAAGCUCACAUAUAAGAAGAUUCAGUGGAUGAUGGAGAUGAGGUUAGAGCUACACCAGCGUCAAAAAUCUGAAGAAAAGUUGAAUCUAAACAGCACUCAAGAGAAAGAAGCAAGCUUUUCCAGAGAAAAAUUAUACAAUAGCUUCCUGCAUAGAGCGAUGUUCAUGUGUAGAUUGCUUCAAGCAGCCUUCAACAAACUAAUCUCUGAAGACUCUGCUCAGCUACCACUCCCAAGCUCAAAACGAAUAACAAGCCUCUCUACGGUUAUACAGAGGAAACGGAGAUCCACCUGCAUUUUAAAUUCUGGGAACGAAUCUGGAGGAGUGGUAAAGGGAGAUAGCUCUGAGUGGCGGAUACUUGAGAGAUGGGAAGUGCCAUGGGAAUGGCAGACAGUUUCGUUAACUUUGCUUGCUUGUGUAUUAAGGUUCAAGGGUAUGACAUCAAGGAACUAUUGCAGUUCUUCUGGUUGUGCAAGAGUUAAGAAAAUUGCUGUCAAUUGA